AUGCACAAGUGUCUCAGCAUCCACGACAUCUUACUCCUCGUAUUCGAGCAGGUCGACGGGUACGUCUUUGACGACGCCGGUCUCAACGUCGUUCCCCUGUGCCGAGAAGUAGCAAGCCUCCACGCUCUCGCUGCUCUCGCUCGGACAUGCAAGGGGUUUCAAGAGCCUGCACUUGAUGUCCUCUGGCGCGACAUUCCAGACUUGUUUGUCCUAGUCAAAUAUGCUCUUCCCAGCGAUGCACUAGACUAUCAAGAGGCUAACCGAACUCUGUAUAUACACAACCCGGACGAUGCAUCUCUCUGGCGUACCUUAGAUCCGUUUGUUAGGCGAAUACGUGCGGUAGGGAUCCCCUUGCCGUACGAGGAUUCGAUCGGUCGAGUCCUAGACGAGGGCAGCGUUGUGGAACCACUCGCCAAAUACCUCACGGACAAAGGUUCAGGCUAUGCAUUCCCCCAGUUACAGGAGGUCACUUUGCACGUCUCGUGGCUUAGCCAAGCCUACUGCACCCUUCUCCUUAAUCCCCAGGUUCGCCGCUUACAGCUCCCGAGUGACUGGUACGGGCCGUGUCUCAGCCCUCUAUUGCGCCCCAGUCUCUCCCGUCUCCGCGUCGUCAAGCUUGACAUGGGAUCUGUAUUCAAACUCGGCAACGACUUCAUCUACAACCUCGCAAAGGCGCUCCCCAGCCUCAAGCGCUUCAGCGCUCUGCCUGAGUCCCCAGGAAGCUUUCCUUCUAUUCAUCCGUCCAGCCCUGUAGAGGAGAUGCAGACCCUCGACUGUCUCUUGGCCUUUGUCGAGCAUUGCCCUAGGCUCAGAGAGCUGAAGAUCGCCACACUCCCGCGGUUCUCUACCGGAUUCGUGUUCCGACAAGGCGGCGAUGUCCCAAAGGCGAAGAAGCUUCGAAGCCUCCGGCUCUGGACUGCACCGCUCGAGACAAGUGGGGAGCACGCUCGCGACGUAGGCGAUUUCCUCGCGCAGACAUUCCCUCGCGUCAAGCGCGUGGAUCUGGGGCUGUUUUCCGUCCGUCUUCCGGAUCGCGCGGCGUUGUAUGCGGGGAUGCUUUGGAGGGAGGAGGCCCUUCGUAGAUGGGAAGAGAUCGUCGACUCUCUGGGCUCGGUCGACUUUUACGCGGUGACGUUCGUGGAUAUGAAAUUGUAUCCCAGCCCCCGGACAUUCACGUGGUGA